GGAAAACAAGAUCUUUCAUCCAUUGAUACCAUCAACAGGAACUCACAGGAAACAUGUGUCUGUCUUCCAUUCCCCUCUGUGGCUUCCUCCUCAUCUUAAACCUACAGCUGUUCUGCACAUCUCCCAUCAGCCCCGGCCUCUCUGACGCUGACAUAGACUUCUUUAAGGAGCUCCUUAGCAGACUCGAGGAGUCCGUUUCCGAAGUGGAGCAGAGUGUCACUGCAGAGAGGAACCUGGAGAGCCUGAGCACAGAGGAGGCGGCAGACGGACAGCAGCCCCCCCCAACUCUGGAUGAGGCAGCAAUCAGGGAGUUUCUCUCAGCAAAGAACCUGAAGAGCGUCCGCAGCGACUCGACCAGGAAGUCGUCCAGCUGCUUCGGCCGGCGGAUGGACCGGAUCGGCUCCAUGAGCUCUCUGGGCUGCAACACAGUCGGCAAAUACAAUCCAAAGUAAAGAGAAAGUUUUACCAGCACAAUCCUGGAACUGCAAUGUCUCUACUAAAAUAUGAUUUUAUUUGAAAGCUAUUUAUUUACUC